AACAUAUUAAAAAUAAAUUAACCUUAUUUUUAAUAUGUUACAUUGAAUGAAUAAGUUAUAAUUAAAGAAAAAGUUUGUAAGCCAGGGAAGCAACGAAAACAUUGACUGGGUAAGACGGAACCAACCAGGAAAGCAAGGCAUUAAAAUCCGCAUACAUAAUAGUCGCCUUUUAAACCCAAAGCAGCCCAAUCACGAUGUCUCAUUAGCCGAUCAACGAAUUUACUUUAAAUGCGACCAGCGAAAAACACAAAUCUAAGGCAAUAUAUUCAAAAAAAUAGUACAAAACUAUAACGAAAUUAAAAACCACGUAAAAAUGAAUACGACUCGUAAAAUUCUGAAGACACCGGAGGCAAAGGAAAUGUUGCAACAACACAAAUAGCGAACUUCUUUGGGUCUUAUAAUAGAGUCAAUAUCAAGUAGACGUUUUAAAAAUAGUAGGGAAGUCCAAGCUGGGAUUUUGGUACAUGGUCUCCGUUCGUCUAUUUAACAAACCACACCACAGAAAGCAUUUUCAAAUGUAAGGUCUUUAAAUAUAUUUUAAUCUCAAAAGAUGGCGCAACACUAUCUUUGGAAUAGAUAUGUACAUAACCUAGAUGGCGCUAUAUUUUACCACAGUUCUUCAUAGCUAUUUACGUGAUAUGUACCGAGCCAAACUGUUCGUCUCUUUAUUUCAUUUUAUUCAAUUUACCAAGCGACAGACUUUACAAUGACUUUCUUUGACCUGUAAGUUCCAAACGAUAUAAUAGUAAGAUGACUGUCUAAUCCUACUAACACCAAUCUCGUUCAAAUAAUGAAAAUUGUUAGCUUUUCAAUCUUUUCCUCAAAGUAACAUACUUUGGAGAAAAUAUUGAAAUAUGUUUGACUGUUGCCGACACAUAUGGAACCUUUUCAUACUUCCUUUUAUUUUUUAUAUUUAUAUUUAGAACAUUAUGUAUUAUUUCUUCCUUUUUUCUAUUGAAAAAUAGUAGUUGUAAAUAUAUCAUCAAACAAACAGUGCGUGCUAAUCUUUUUUCCUUACUCUAUCUUAUAAAAUUUUCAUUUUCUCUUUUAACUUUAUUGUAUCAUUUUCCAAAAUUUAUGUAAAUCCAACCGCUCUUUUCAUUCCUCCUUACUUUCCGUCGUCUGUACUGGUUUUAACCAAAUACCAACCAACCUAUUGAAUAUUUUCUACGCAAUCGCAAUUCUGUUCAAAAUUUGAACGAGUCUACAUCUAAACGACGACCGAACGAUUACUUGAUUUUUAUUUUUUACUAAUUCAAACAAUAAGAACAACGAACGAGAGCCGACCAAACGGAACAUUUACCAAUUUAGUAAAAACCGAGUCAACGUUAAUCCGGCGAUUAUAUAGGCGGUGAAAAUAAACUCAAUACCGUUAUUCAAUAAAACACGGUCUCGUUUAAGCGCCAUCUGUUAGGGGGUAGCAAAAACUUCCCCGACAACAGAAAUGCUCAAUUUUCACCUCUAAUGCGCUCACAGAUAAGAAUCAUGAAAAAAAUAAGAAAAAUAUGGUUUAAAACUUGAGAAUUUUUCGAAGAACACAAACAGAAAAUACUUACUUGAAAAACAAAAUUAUGUAAAGAAUUUUAUGAUGAGAAGUGUUUACUGCAGAAAUUCUAAGCAAUUGAUCAAGGUUAUUUACAAACGAAUGUGAAAGUUACCAAGUGCGAUUUUUUUUGGUACAGCUGUACGUUAAAGCUUACUGCUACAUUAACAAAGGGGAAACGUCUGCUUCCCUUCGAUUACAUUUCGCAGCAUACAUUUGCAUCUGAAAAGUACUUAUUUGUAUCAAUGACGUAUUUAAACCACGACUUAGAUCUGAGAACACAUUGUUGAGUACAAAACAAGCUUUGUUUUGCUGUUUGGGAAUGCACAACACGGGGCGCGCGACGGAUGUUCCCCUACGUCACUCAUCUCCAUUUCGAUUUGCAUCUUUUAUAAAGAGCCAGUUCCAACCGACCAUAGCUUUAUACAUAACAGGGUCGAGCGCAAAUGUGUCGUCUCCAAGAUGGACGGCACCGUCAAAUUAAUAAUUUUCUCUACAAUAAUAGCAAUUGUGAAGGCGCCGCCUCCGGGAACCUUUUUCUGGAAACCGAGAUUGGGUCUGGAUCUGUCAAUUCCAACAACACCUAAGAUACGCAAACCGAUCUUGGGGGGAGUUCAGAAGCCCACCGUAGGCGAGAUUAGGAGUGGGCGUGCCGUACUCAUCACCGGAUACCAAUUGGGGGUGACGGUAGUGGCCCUCGCACAUGGACAAGCUGCCUGGGAGAAAUACCCCCACCUCAACCCCUUCAAAGCUUGGUUCUACACCACGGCCUACAGAUGGGGCUUGAGACAUCUCUCUUUAUACCCGAAAUGGCUCGAAGGCAGCGGCUACAACUACAUAGACACGCACCGCGUAUGGAGGAAACGCUACUCGUACCAGGAUCGGUGGGUCCCAGAGUGGUUGCAGUGGUUCCUGCCCCACGUGUGGGAGUUCGAUCGCGAGAAAAAGCAGUUCAGAAGGUUCCAGAGAUACGUCUUACCCUCCUUUGCCAAACACUACCACUACCCUGGACGCGUCUUUGACAAUUGGGCCUCGGAGGACAGCACGGAAACCGUUGAAAAUCUCGAUAUGUCCGACUUCUCCAUACAUGUACAUGCACCAGAUUACUGAAUUCAUAUUUGUUUAAGGUUAGCGUUCUACAUAUAAACUGAACUUUUAUUUAAUUUCUUUGUAAAGAUUUUGAAUCAUACCACAGCAUGCAGUAAAUAGGUAACAAUAAUUACGACACAAGCAUGAUGUUAGCUCAUAGCAUGAUUUAAAACCAUUUUCUUUUUUGUUUUACAAUUUUAAAUAAUUUAACAAAAGGAAUCACACUAUCCCAUAUACGACUGCGGAGCCGAUGGCAGUAAUAGACCUAUUACAUUUCCUAUUUUAAAUGAGGAAAAUUAUAGACUUGCUGUCUAUAAGAAAAAAAAACUGUUGGAAAUUGGAAAAUUCAUAUCUGCCUAACAGACGUAAAUAGAUGAGAAUGUAACUUCAUUUCUUAAAAAUAUUUCUACAAAAAAGUAGGAUCCUUUUCAUUAUUCUUUGAAGCUUUCAAAGUAAACUAGAGACUAUGACGACAAUGUAAUGAAGUAGGAAAUAAUAUUAAAUAAAUUAAGUGAAAAAUGUGUUUACAUUCAAACCUACCUCCAACAUAAGCAUAAUGUAAUUAAAAAUAAAUUUGAGUUCAAUCAAAACUCAAAACCUUCUGAAAAGAUUUGCUAAGUUUAGUAGUAAAAC